AUGAAGUGCAUUACAACAACACAGUAUACUCUAGCUAUCAACGGAGGCCUGUAUGGGUGUAUAAAUGGUAAAAGGGGACUGAGACAGGGAGACCCAAUAUCCCCAUUGCUGUUUGUGAUCUGUAUGGAGUAUUUCACACGGAUUAUGAAUCUGGUGGCUAUGCAGGAAGACUUUGCUUUCCAUACCAAAUGUAAAGUGCUGCAGAUGAAUCAUCUAUGCUUUGCAAAUGAUGUGCUAAUGUUCUGUAAAGGGGAGUACCAAGCUAUAGUCCUAAUGUUAAGAGGACUACAAAGCUUCUCAAAUGCAUCAGGACUAACUACUAAUGCUGCCAAGUCUAAUAUAUUCAGUGCAAGCAUGGAGGAACAGGAUUUGCAAAACCUAUGUGAACUAACAGGCUACAAGAGGGGAACAUUACCAUUUAGGUACCUUGGAGUGCCUAUCUCGCCAAAGAAACUGACAAUAAUGGAUUGUGAAGUACUUGUGGAUAAGAUGACUGUGAAGAUCAAAAGUUGGGGCACAAGGAACUUGUCAUAUGCAGGGAGAGUCCUAUUGGUGAAUACUGUGCUGACGCAUAUACACACAUACUGGGCAUCUAUCUUUGUUCUGCCCAAGAAAGUGAUAAAAAGUAUUAUAGGGGUAUGUAGAUGCUUCCUAUGGGAUGGGAAAGUCUACUCCAACAAGCCACAACUAGUAGCAUGGGACUUGGUCUGCAGAACAAAAAGGCAAGGAGGACUGGGAGUGAAGGAUAUUGUAGUAUGGAAUGAAGAAGCCAUAGCUAAAUAUGUAUGGAAUAUAGCAGCGAAAACAGACAACCUAUGGGUGAGAUGGGUGAACCACAUAUACUUAAAAGGAAGGGAUUGGUGGCAAUAUAAAGUACCUACAGACUGUAGUUGGUACUGGAGGAAGAUAUGUUCUUAUGAAUUUGCUGGGGGGUAUAUACAAAAUCAAUGGCUUAAGGCUAAUGGAGUAUAUACUAUCAAGAGUGGUUAUGACUGGAUGAAAGGGGCCAAGGAGGACUGGCCUUGGCGAGGCUGGGUAUGGACUAAGCUGAACAUACCUAAGCAUAGUAUGAUAUGCUGGCUGGUGGCACACAACAGACUCAUGACAAAGGAAAGGGUGUAUAAAAUGGGCAUCAGUCAAGACAGUUUGUGUGAGAUUUGUGGAGGAGCAGAAGAAACAAUUAAUCAUUUAUUCUUUGACUGUCCACUGGCAAGGAGAUGUAUAGAAGACAUACAGAGGUGGCUAAAUAUAGGUACGAGGAAUCUGGAGAUACAGGGGCUGGGAAGAAGAAUGACCAGGAAGAUUAAGGGGAAAGCAUGUAGGGCUGUGAUGAUAGCUGCACUAUCAGCAACUGUGUAUCACAUUUGGAGAGCUAGAAAUAUAGCAUUCUAG